GAAUUAUUGUACAGCCUGACACAGAUCAUUCGGGCCAAAAAACUUAAAAAAAACCACAUCGAAUUCCCUUGUCAAUUAGUUUCGACAAGCACUUUAAUAAUGUCCAAAAAAAAAAUGAACAUGUAGUUUCCAUGAAGGAGCUGUCCGUGACGAAAGUUACCAAAAGAGGAGGUGGACAAGCAAGCGGAGGAGACCAAGACCAACCUGCAGAAAUCACCACCAUGGAGCAAACUUCAGAAGUGAGAGUUACAAUCCAUGAGGAGGCAAUAAUAACUAGUUGGGGGAAGAAACUAAAAAAACUGAAGGAUGCAUUGGCAGAAGCAGCUCAAAAGCAAAAUGCCGAGCCAAAGAUCCAAAAGGUUCCCUUCUUGCUCCGUGAUCACAAAAAUUUCGACAACUACUACGAUCCAAGGGUAGUAGCAUUCGGUCCUUACCACCAUGGUGAACGAAAGUACAAGCAGGCAGAGAAAGUCAAGCUUCAAUUGGCAGCACACUUCAUCACAGAUCGCGAUCAUGACCAGACUAAUUACGGUGAAACUUUACUCAAGAUGGUUGAGGACAAGAUUAAGGAGCUAAGGGAGUGCUAUGAUGAAGAAGCAACAAAGGACUACGGUGACGAGGUACUCGCGUGGAUGCUGUUCGUUGAUGGGUGUUCGAUGUUGGAAUUCAUAUACAAAUAUGACAAUUUGGAAGAUAUUAACAUCAAGAGAGACCGAGUGGCAUUUGCAGAACAGGACAUGCUCUUGCUAGAGAAUCAACUCCCCUAUCGACUCCUCAAGUGGCUCUUCGACAAGAGCAAAAUACGUGAGAAAUUUAAUAACUCAAUCGAGGCUUUUGUCAAGAUGCAUGGUGGGGAACCAAAAGUUAAUGCCACGGAAAGAGAGCCACUUCAUCUUCUUGACCUUCUUCGGACAAGAAUGGUACGUCCACCUAGCCUGAGUUCAAAACCAGGAUGUACUCAACUUCUUGACCGUCUUUGGAAAAGAAAGGCAGGACCUUCACGUACAGAACCAGGAAGCCAUUCAUUUCGCAACGUACAAGAGCUUCAGGCAGCUGGGAUCUAUUUUAGGCCUAGUGAUGAAAACUCAUUGAGGGCCAUAUCUUUUAAGCCUUGGUUUCAAUGCUGUGGAUUCCUUUAUCUUCCUAAAAUAAAAGUUGACGACUCGAUGGGGCCUAAGUUCAUGAACAUGAUAGCCUACGAAAUGUGUCCUGAUUUCCAGAAUGAUUUCGAGGUCACCUCUUACAUAGGCUUCCUCGAUUCGCUCAUUGAUCAUCCAGACGAUGUGAAGCACUUGAGGAAAAAGCGCAUAGUUCAAAACUUGCUUGGGAGUGAUGAGGAGGUGGCUCGACUCUUCAACGAGAUAGGCACUGACUUGGUCCCUAACAAUGCGAUUUACCGCAAUGUUACAGCACAGAUAGAAGAUCACUACAAAACCAAGUGGAAGACAUGGAUGACUCAAUUCUUUCAUGACCAUUUCAGUAGUCCCUGGACUAUCUUUGCUUUCUUUGGUGUUCUAUUAGGACUCGGCUUGAGCGGUGCCCAGACGUGGUAUGCAAUCUUUUCCAAUCCCUCUCCAUGUGAUGCCGUAUGCAAGUACCUGAAAACACACCCCGGCUGAGUGAUUCAGGUACAUGUCAACUCUUCUGCAUCUUUCAUGUGGUUAUAUUAUAGUAUUCCCAAUUACCGUUACCUCUGCAGUUUGUCACAAGUCAUAGUUUCUCAACGCUCCUCUUUCCAUUUGAUAUUCCACUGUACGCAAGUGUGGCCACUAAAAUAAGUGAAUUGUAUUUUUGUUGUUAUUGUGUGGAAACAAAUGAAUUAAAAUGUA